GUGCACUAAUCACCAUGGUUGACACCCGUAGUGGGAGAAGUACUAGCCCCUAUACCCAGGCUCAACAAGAGCAGAUGGCCUCCUUAGUGAAAGAGAAUAGAGAGAGGAAAGAGCUCCUGAAGCAGGCGAAAUUGAAAGCAAUCGCAGAGGAGCAGGCGGCGAAGAUGAAGAAGUUGGAGGAGGAGAUGGAGGAGAAGAAGAAGGCUGCUGAGGAAGAAGCGGCAGCAGAGGAAGCAGAAGAGAGAAGGCGCAGGGAAGAAAAAGGGGAGAGUAGUGGCACGAAGAAUGAGGAUGCAGAGAUGGAAAAGAAAAUCAACGAGUGGAUAGCCAAUUUGUCGUUCGGGGAAGAUGAAGAGGCACAGUUGUAUGUGCCACAGGAGGAGAAGGAGGUGUUUGCCAAGGCACUAGCAACGAUUGAGGACCCCCUAGAACGACAGGAGGCAGAGGAGGAGAAAAAGUUGGAGUGGAAGUUUAGAAUGAAGAGGGAGAAAAAGAGAAGGAGGGAGGAAGUUAAUCGGUUGACCACAGAGGUGGAGAAGGUGAGAGCCUUUAGGCAAGGAGUUCAGGCGCAGGCAGAUGUUACUGCCAAAAUGGACAAGAUGUUGGGGUACUUGGAGGUGUUGAGUGAGGCUUGGCUAGAGGAACGCCAAGCCAGUUCGGGUCACGAUGUGGCCCUGAGUGCCAUGUGGUCAGGGUUUCGAGAGUUUGCGUGCGAUAUGGUUACCCACGUUGGGGCCAAAGUCAGGCGGUUAAGAGAUAAUGUGGGGAAGUUUUGUGAAGGCGCCAUCGAGGAUGCCAAAGCCGUAGCCACCGUCGAGAGUGAGGCCAGACCCCGCAAGGAACCAGUUAAGCUUAAGUUCCCAGACGCGUACGGCGGGAAGCCUGAGGAGAAUUUCGAUAACUGAGAGGCUAGCAUAAACAACUAUGUUUACUUACAGCAUAUUGUACAGGACGA